GCUCGCUACACUGAAGAGCUCAAGAGCGACAGAGAAGAGCUGAACAAGGGGAUAAGGACCAAGGACUGAAGGUGAUCUAGAGCCUCGCCAGACCCAGAGCUUCUAAGCGACUGGUCACCGCUCGCCAUCACCCUAAAUUUCGUGUCGGAAGCCUCCAACCUCUACAGUGCACCUCUGUUGGUGUGGUGACCGUCCCGUCGACAAUGGCUCCAAAGACACCUCGGGUCGCAACCGACUCUUCCUCCUCGAGAGACAAUGAUCCCGUCUCCUCUCUCAAUGCCUCCAUUCCCUCCAUUUCUGACGCUCCCAACCAACCCAACGGCGAUUCAGUACAACAACCUAGGAAAUUAGCCUAUCCACUCCCAGCCCAGAUCUCCCAUUCCCUCCUUACCAAUACCGAAUCUUUUCUCCGACUCGUCACGCUCUUAUUGAUCAGCGCAGCGGCCAUUGGGUCAAGAUUGUUCGCUGUGAUCCGGUUCGAAUCGGUCAUUCAUGAAUUUGAUCCUUGGUUCAAUUACCGAGCUUCCAAGGUAUUGGUCAACGAUGGGUUUUACGAGUUUUGGAACUGGUUCGAUCCGACCGCUUGGUACCCUCUGGGGAGGGUUGUAGGAGGGACCAUCUACCCAGGGUUGAUGGUCACUUCGGGCUUGAUCUGGAACGCACUGAGAUGGAUGAACAUGCCCGUGGAUAUUCGAAAUGUCUGUGUCAUGCUCGCGCCUGGAUUCGCAGGACUCACAGCCAUCGCGACGUAUCUAUUUACCACUGAGAUGUCGACCCCAUCUGCUGGUCUGCUCGCAGCUGCUUUCAUCGGUAUCGCUCCAGGAUACAUCUCUCGAUCUGUCGCUGGAUCUUACGAUAAUGAAGCCAUCGCCAUCUUCUUGCUCAUGUCCACAUUCUACUUUUGGAUCAGGGCUUUGAAGCUCGGAAGUGCCUUUUGGGGCAUGCUCGCUGCAUUGUUCUACGGAUGGAUGGUGGCUGCAUGGGGUGGAUAUGUCUUCAUCACCAACAUGAUACCUCUUCACGCGUUUGUCCUCAUUCUCAUGGGUAGAUUCACUCAACGUCUCUACCUAUCUUACUCGUCCUGGUACAUUAUCGGAACCAUUUGCUCGAUGCAAGUACCCUUUGUCGGUUUCCUCCCGCUCCGAACUUCCGAACACAUGGCCGCACUCGGUGUCUUUGGACUCUUGCAGCUUGUGUCCUUCGUCGAGAUUGUUAGACGAUUGGUGCCUGGAAAGCAGUUCCAGCUCCUGCUCCGAGGUUUCGUGGUCCUGGCGUUCGUCGCCUCAUUUACCGUUCUCGUGGCGUUGACCUUUUCCGGAUGGAUCGCCCCUUGGACCGGACGUUUCUACUCGCUUUGGGACACUGGAUACGCAAAGAUUCACAUCCCUAUCAUCGCAUCCGUAUCUGAGCAUCAGCCUACCGCCUGGCCAUCCUUCUUCUUCGACCUCGGCAUGCUCAUCUUCUUCUUCCCUGCCGGUCUCUACUGGUGCUUCAAGGAUAUGCGCGAUGAACAGGUCUUCAUCAUCAUUUACGCCGUUCUCUCGUCCUACUUUGCAGGUGUCAUGGUCCGACUCAUGCUCGUCAUUACGCCCGUCGUCUGCGUCUCCGCCGCCAUCGCAUACUCAAAGAUCCUCGAGACUUAUAUCGACCCUAUCAUUCCUCAAGAAGACACCGACAUGGAUUCUACCACGACCGACGGUCACUCGACGCCCUCGAAGAAGGCCAGUAAGAAGGCCGCUGCCGCUGCUUCGAAUAAGCCAAGAUCCCUCUUCACUGGUCUUCUGGGGAAACGAUCCUCUUUCGGAGUCUAUGGUCUCGACACGCGAAUUAUCAUGGUCGGUACACUCUCAUACUUCCUCUUUCUCUGGGUCCACCACUGUACAUUCGUUACCCAGACAGCCUACUCUUCGCCAUCCGUUGUCCUUGCUUCCCGCAACGCCGAUGGAUCCCAAGCCAUCAUCGAUGACUUCCGAGAGGCCUACUAUUGGCUUCGACAGAACACCGAAAAAGAUGCCGUCGUCAUGUCCUGGUGGGACUACGGGUACCAGAUAGCAGGCAUGGCCGACAGACCUACGCUUGUAGACAACAAUACGUGGAAUAACACACAUAUUGCCACGGUCGGCAAGGCUAUGAGUUCAAACGAGGAUGUCGCGUAUCCGAUCUUGAGGAAGCACGAUGUGGAUUAUGUUUUGGUCAUCUUCGGAGGUCUUUUGGGGUACUCUGGCGAUGAUAUCAACAAGUUCCUCUGGAUGGUUAGGAUUGCCCAAGGUGUUUGGCCAGACGAGGUACAAGAGCCAAAUUACUUUACACCCCGUGGCGAAUAUGCAGUGGGUGAGAGAGCCACGAGCACCAUGAAGAACUCGUUGAUGUACAAGAUGUCUUACUACCGAUUCACCGAGUUGUACGGUGGUCAACCCGCUCAAGACCGUGUCAGAGGUCAACGAAUCCCACCAGGUGUCACCCUAGACACACUAGGUAAGUUGUUCAGCAAGCUGAAAAAGCAGGCACUUUCAUCUGAUACUCUGUCACCAGACGAAGCAUUCACCUCUGAGAACUGGAUCGUCCGAAUCUAUCAGGUCAAGAAGGAAGAUCCACUCGGUAGAGAUCACAAGGCUGUAUCUGCAUUCGAAUCUGGAAAGAGGCUGAAAAAAUCGAGAUCGGCCGCCGGAGGAGGUAGCAAGAAAAAGACCGUCUAGAUGGGCUGGCGUAUACUGUGAGGAGGAGCGGACGUUUGAAAAACAAGGUAUGGGUCGGGGCCAGACACGUACUGUAGAUUUGAAAUGAUCAGCAACGAUCGUGCUUGCAUAGCAUUGCAAUUGACGCAUUAUGAUUGUGGAAUGUCAAUGGUGGUCGCCCACUGAGCCAGCGUGGAAUUGC